UGUUAUCACUGAUCAGAUUUUAUAUUUAAUGUGCAGGAUUAUAUAACAAGUUAAAACGAAGGUUAAGUGUGGGUCAUCUUUUAAAUAUUCUUGAGUGCUUUCUCAGUUAUUAAGCCGAAAAUACCGAGAAAAAUAUGCCAGAGAACAUUGAUCGUUCUGGACCGUUUAUUGGGGCGAUAGACGAGGGAACGAGUAGCGCUCGAUUUUUGGUAUUCAAUGUAUUAUCUAGAAAAGUGAUAGCAUCACAUCAAAUUGAAAUUACACAGAAGUAUCCACAAGAAGGAUGGGUAGAACAGGAUCCAAAGGAGAUUUUACAGGCUGUUCUAAACUGUAUAAAAAAGACAAUGGAGAAAUUAAGCAAUAUUGGUUUAAGCACUUCAGAUAUAAAGGCAAUCGGGAUCACCAACCAACGAGAAACUACUUUAGUGUGGGAUAAGGAAACAGGAGAACCAUUGCAUAAUGCAAUUGUCUGGCAUGAUAUGAGAACAACUACAACAUUAGAAGAUAUAUUGGAUAGUAUACCGAAUAAAACAAGGAACAAAAAUUAUCUAAAACCACUCUGUGGACUUCCAAUGUCACCAUAUUUUAGUGCUCUUAAGAUACGUUGGCUUAUUGACAAUGUACCACGUGUCAAACAGGCAGUAGAUGCAGAGAAAUGUGCUUUUGGAACAGUAGAUACAUGGAUUAUUUGGAAUCUGAUGAAAGGACAGUUACAUGUGACGGAUGUUUCAAAUGCAUCCCGAACCAUGCUAAUGAAUAUCGAAUCUUUAAAAUGGGAUCCUUUGUUGUGUCGAUUUUUUGGAAUUCCGCAACACAUUCUUCCUGAAAUAAGAUCUAGUGCCGAAGUAUAUGGGACAGUUUUGAAUCCUGAAAUUCUCACUGGAGUACCAAUAGCUGGGUGUGUAGGUGACCAACAGGGAGCCCUACUUGGUCAGUUGUGUUUAAAGCCUGGACAAGCAAAAGCUACUUAUGGAACUGGUUGUUUCUUGCUGUACAAUACUGGUAACGUUAAAGUCGAUUCCCAUCAAGGCCUUAUAACAACUAUUGCGUACAAAUUGGGUAAAUCGCCAGCCAUUUACGCAUUAGAAGGCUCUGUCGCAGUAGCAGGGGCAGCAUUAUCCUGGUUGCGAGAUAACAUACAACUCUAUAGUAACAUUUCACAGUGUCAAGAGAUGGCAGAGAGCGUAAAGAACUCGGGGGACGUGUAUUUUGUUCCUGCAUUUUCUGGCUUAUAUGCGCCGUACUGGCAGCAAGACGCACGAGGGACAAUUUGUGGUAUCACCGAAGAUACCCAACACUAUCAUAUUGUAAGGGCAGCUUUGGAAGCUGUCUGUUUCCAGACAAGAGACAUUUUGGAAGCCAUGGUGAAAGAUUCCGGAACGAAAUUAACAACGCUACUCGUUGACGGUGGCAUGACUGUGAAUAAUUUACUCAUGCAGCUGCAGUCUGAUCUUACUGGAAUUAAUGUUGUGAGACCCAACAUGGUAGAAACAACCGCGUUAGGCGCAGCCAUACUAGCUGGUGUUGGUGUCGGUAUCAUCGAUAUCAACGAUGUCGAUGCAUCACAGGUUACAAAGUUCAUGCCUGCCAUUGGCGAAAAUGAACGAGACUUAAGGUAUUCUAAAUGGAAGAUGGCUAUAGAAAGAUCAAUGAAGUGGGAUACUUCUUCCUCUUCCUUUGACAAAUAAUUGAAGUUAAAACGAAUGCAAGUGUAAUGAAUACAAGUGGCAGCCGAAUCUCUGUUGCAUGAUACGUACCCUCGCGAGCAAACUCGACUUCCGCUACUGCAAAAAGUGACGUAAGAGUA